AUGUCGAAUGUUGUAGAUCGUAUAGAAGAAACAGUUGUGCUGGAUCUCAAGUAUCCAAGUGUAAGUGAGAGAUACUUUACAAAAUAUUACUUCAUACCAAAGGAGAGGAAGAAAGUGGAAAAUGUCAGCAAUUUGUCGAAUGUUGAUCAAGAUUCACCUGAUGAGCUCAGUAAUACCGAGACUAAUCCUUUAAAUGUCAACAGUGAAGAAACCAGUUUCCAGAGCCAUGAAUAUGGCUUUGCCAAACUCAAUGAGGAACAAAUUUCAUCAAAUCCAGACAGCAGUGGGCAUACGUGUGUUAUGGUACACACCAACAAGUUGUGCCUUAUAACCCUCUCACAUGUUCACCCCAUAUUGGCUGAAAAGAAGGAAAUUACUGAGGUAAGCUAUAAUGUAGGCAAAUUCAACCGAUUAGAAAAUCAAGUAUCUGGAAAGGGAAAGCGAGGUGCUCAGCUGAUGGGAGUGCAGUCGUCUGUGUGCAUCAUUACGUGUUCUGAUGGUUCCAAAUACAAUAUCUUAGCUGGAGUUCAAGGAAAACUAGUGGAGGUAAAUGAGCGAUUAGUAACACAGCCCCAACUUGUGAGUGAGCAUCCAGAUGCAGAGGGCUACUUAGCUGUUGUUCUGCCUCCAUUGAGAAAUGGGGACUUCAUGCGAAGCAAACUUCUGACCGAGGAGCAGUAUAAGCAGUUGAACCACUGCACAAAAACUAAGAGCUCUAGUGAAGCAAGUAAUUAGUAGUGAAAAUUAAAACUAGUGCAUCAUUACUGUGUUAUACUGAAUUUUACAACUACAGUAUAUGUAUACUGUAAAUAGAUUUGCCAAGUACAUGUAUUAAACUUUAUGUUGGGCAUUUGAAGAAAAAUAAAAUGUAUUAGAUUGC